CCAUGCUUUUCGAUUACCCCAAUCACCUAAGAUAUAUAAUUUUUUUUAUAUAUUACUCUCUUUGAUGACAUGUUAAUCCACUUCUAAAUAAUACUAUAAAGUUGCACCUUGACAAGAGGUUUUAGCAGAAGAAGAAACAAAGAGAGAGAAGAUGAAGAAUGUUAUGGUGAUUAUUGACGAGAGCAACUCGAGUUAUGAUUUACUCAUUUGGGCUCUUGAAAACCACAAAGAUACCAUUGAGAGCUCUAAAGUUUUUGUCUUUGCAAUACAGCCACAAAACUCCUUUACUCCUCAUACCGUGCUCUCUUCAUCAGUAGGCUUUGCUCAAAUCUUCUAUCCAUUUUCACCUAAUUCAGAACUCAUAAGAUUGGCUCAUGAAAAGAAUACGAAAAUUGCUUUGGGUAUAUUAGAUAAAGCGAAGAACAUGUGUUUAAAUCAUGGGAUUAAAGCAGAGACAUUUACAGAUGCUGGUGACGCUAAUGACUUGAUCCCAAAGAUAAUUCAAGAGCGACAGAUUGAUGUAUUAGUUAUGAGCGGUCAACAAACUCAAAAACUCAAAAAGUGCUUAUAUAAUACAGAUUGCUCUCUUGUUGUUGUGAAGAAAAGACUUGUCAAAGAUUAAAGAAGUUACGAAACCCCCUAAAUUAUAUGUUUUCGUUUGUGAUUGAGAUUAUGUAAUGAUUAUUAUAGUUUGGGUUUGUAGUUGAACUUAUCUUAUAAUUUUAU